AUGACUGGUCAAAAGGAAGUGCCAAUUGAGCAAGAUGCCGAGGCUGGUGCGCUAGAAUCGCCUUCAAGGACACCAAAUGACCAGACCAUGGAGCAGCUGGACAUAUUCGAAGCUCCCCAAACCCGCACCAAGCUGCGUAUCAUCGCUAUUAUAAUCGCGCUCAAUCUCGUCCUGUUCGUAGGAGCACUCGACCAGACCAUCGUUGCGACUUCAAUUCCCACAAUCUCGGCAGCUCUGCACUCCGCAGCAGGUUAUACCUGGAUCGGAGGUGCAUACCUGUUAGCCAACGCCGCCACAGCGCCAAUGUGGGCCAAAUUCAGCGACAUCUGGGGUCGUAAGCCGGUUCUCCUCGGGGCGGUAGUGUUCUUUACCAUUGCGAGCAUAAUUGCAGCACUCAGUAAGAACAUGGAGAUGUUAAUUUCUGCACGAGCACUCCAGGGGGCAGCUGGCGGAGGUCUGAUGCAAUUAGUCUUUAUCGUCAUCUCGGACCUCUUCAGUAUACGCACCCGCGCGUUGUAUCUAGGUAUGAUGGGGUUUACUUGGGCACUUGCAGGAUCUGCCGGUCCACUUAUCGGUGGAGCAUUUACGGAACUUGUUUCCUGGCGGUGGUGCUUCUGGAUAAAUUUACCCGUGUGUGGGCUCUCGUUCAUACUCUUGCUGCUUUUCUUGGAUGUGCACAAUCCUCGCACAAAGCUAAGCGAAGGUAUCGUUGCCGUUGACUGGCUAGGCACGAUCUGCAUCCUAGCAGUGACUCUACUAUUACUCUUGGGAUUAGAUUUCGGAGGCGCAAUAUUCCCCUGGAGCAGUCCGAAAGUCAUCUGCCUGGUUGUAAUUGGGACAGCAAUGAUCGGGUUCUUCGUGUUCAGUGAGAAACGACUGGCCAAGUACCCGCUGAUGCCUCUCAGCAUAUUCAAGCACUGGUCCAAUAACGCAAUCAUCCUUGUCGCCUUUGCACACAGCAUGGUCUCCAUCGGUGUGGAGUUUUACCUCCCGUUGUACCUGCAGAGCGUCAAGCAAGCCUCACCACUCCGCAGCGGUAUCCUGAUAAUACCAAUGAUGGUAACCGAAGCGGCUGUGGAUAUACUGUCGGGAAUCUUGAUCUCUCGAACGGGCCGUUACAGAGAGAUCACCUGGGCCGGGUUAGCCCUCAUGACAUUGGGAACGGGAUUAUAUAUCAACCUCGGGAUAGACACUCCUGUGGCAAUGAUCGUUGGAUUCGAGAUAAUCGGCGGCAUCGGCACCGCACUUCUAUUCCAAACACCCGUCAUCGCCAUCCAGAAUACGGUCAGUCAGGCCGACACUGCCUCCGCUACGGCGACUAUGAGUUUUAUCCGCAAUCUAGCGACAUCCUUGUCUAUCGUUAUCGGUGGUGUUAUAUUCCAGAAUAGUAUGGAUACUCGCCAUUCAUCCCUUGGGGCCGCCGGUCUCAGUGGAUCCGUCCUCGAUGCCUUGUCCGGCGAUCAAGCAGCGGCAAAUGUCGAGAUUAUCAAGUCUAUCCAGGAUACCGCACAGCGGCGAGCGGCGCAGGGUGCUUAUGCUUGGAGUCUCCGGAAUAUAUUCAUUAUGUACACAUCCGUUGCGGCUGUUGGGUUAACGGCGGGCGCUUUUAUCCAGCAGCGACAUAUGAGCACGGAGCAUACUGAAACGAAGACUGGAAUACAGCAGUUGACGAAGCGGGAAUCUAAAAGCUAG